UCUCCCCCCACUUCUGAUCUCUUUGCUCUUUACGCUUUUCUGUCAGGCUGACAGAAACGGAAACCGCCCUGCGGAUAGCCAUGGAACCUACGGGCUCAGUUCUCCCGAAGCUCACCGAGCUCUCUCCCCACCAGCUGGCUUUCCUCGACGAGCAUCUCCGGAGCCGGGAAGAUCUGUCGGCUGUCCCUGGCCUCUCCGCCGAGCUGAGCAGGAGCUGCUCCGAUCUCGACGACAGCCUUGUGAGCCUCAGGAGGCACCUCAUUAAGCUCGCCGUCUCGUGGAUCUACCGCUCAAUCGGAGCUAAAUCCUCCAUUCAGAAGCUCAGCUUCAAGCUGGAGAACCUCAGCCUCUGUUCAUUCCAGAAUGUUACGGAAUCGAAGAGAGUCCAGAAAAUUUUCGGAGUUGAGCUGCCUCAGCUUGCUCGGGAAGUGCAGCACAUCGAAAACAUCCGCAAAUACGUCGAGACUGCUUUGCAGCUGGAAAGGUUUGUAGGAGAUCUCGAAGAUGCAGUUUUCUCUGUCAUCAAUCGUCAAAACAGUGGUGUUUUAUCUCCGAAACUUACAAGUUCUUCAGUUCCUAUGGAAGCCAGUGCGAAGCAAGAUAAGCUGUUCCAAUCAAUAAAAGUGAUGAAUUCUAUCGAAGAUAUGCUAAUUGAGGUUUUAAAAUCUCACCCUCAAUGGCACCAUCUUUUGAGAUGUGUCGAUGCUAGAGUAGAUAAGACUUUGGCUGUUCUUAGGCCGAAAGUUAUUGCAGAUCAUAGAGCUCUUCUUGCUUCCCUGGGAUGGCCACCGAAACUAGUCACAACAAAUGCUGAAGGUAGAGAGAUCUCCAGUGUUCCAAAUCCACUUGUUCUAAUGCAAGGGGAGAAGAGAAAGAGAUAUUCUUACAGCUUUUUGGCUCUCUGUGCGUUGCAGCAUCUGCAGACACGAAGGGAGGACCGAAAGCGAAAUUGCUUGGAACAAAAGGAGGAGAGAAUAAGUAGGCUUUGGGCCAUCGAUGAGCUGGUGUCUCCAAUUGCAGCUCGGGUGGAGUACCACUUGUCAAAAUGGGCUCACCAGCCUGAAUUCAUGUUCGCUCUCGUGUUUAGGAUUACGAAGGAUUUCAUCAUCGGGGUGGAAGAUGUUCUGCAGCCAUUGAUUGAUGAGGCAAGGCUGGUCAGUUUCAGUGCCAGGGAAGCUUGGGUGUUCUCGAUGGUUCAAUUGCUCUCUGAAUUUCUGAAGAACACCUUUUCUUCCCUGGCUGAAAAUUACAGCAACAAAGACAUUAAGUCAGAAGUUUCGUCGUCGUGGCUUCAUUUGAUAGACCUCAUCGUUGCCUUUGAUAAACGCAUGCAGUCACUUUUAAACCUAGAAGCAUGCUUGUAUACAGACCACGAGACAUUGCCGGGGCUAUUAAGAGGAAUGUCGAUAUUGAGCAUUUUCUGUGACAACCCAGGUUGGCUCAAGAUCUGGGCCAGGGUUGAGUUCAAGGAUGCAUGGAGAAAACUCAAAUCUGAACUGAAAGAUGAAAGAGCCUGGGCGGUUCACAGAAAGCCUGAAACUGGGAAUCAAUCAGGUUCGGGAUCUUCUGAAGAUUAUCUCCUUGCUACGAGGGAAGACCACAAAGCCCCACUUGUCACGGAUUCUGUCCUUAAAAUUGCCUGGGGUAUGAUUGAUCGCUGCCAAACAUUGCCCAACACUUUGAUACGUGUCCAGUUCAUCAGAUCGACUUCAGGGAAGUUUCUCUGGCACUUUCUUAAUGUAUUGAUAUCACACUGCCAGAUCAGCGCAUUGCAUUCUGAUGGAUGGGAUUACAACGACAACUCCAUUAUGAGGGUCUGUGGAUCAAUCAACACUGCGAGGUACCUUGAAUGCAAGUUGCAGGAAUGGAGUGAUGACGUCAAUAUCUUAGACUUGAGUGUAGCUGAAAAUGACAGUAAACUCGACAAGAAAAAUGUCGGAGCUGAUAGUAUCUGCUUUUUUGCCGAAGAAAUAAAAGGUUUAGCCGAGAUCGAGACGAACUGGCUCUUGGAGAUAAUUGCACUUCUUCUCCGUCAAUUCGAUACUCUCAGCUGGGAAUAUGUGAAUCGUCGAGAACGAUUUGAGAUGGGUCAAGAAAUUAAUCCAGAGGCAGACUCCAAUGUAUCUCCGGAUCUUCUUGGAGCACUGCAUGCCUUGAGAAGUCAGCUCGAUGUUACUAGAACAAGCCUAAACUCAAAGGAUUUCUUAGAUUUGUGGCUGAGCACUGCUGAUGGGCUCGACCAUUUUUUCUUCUGCAGCAUCCUGAUGAGUGACGUCCGUUUCUCCAAUCAAGGAACCAGUAGGUUCAGAGCCGACAUGAGAGCAUUAUACUCCGUGUUCCAGCUGUACUGUGCUCGGCCCGAGGCAUUUUUUCCUUGCAUCAGAAACUCCCUGAAGCUGCUAAACAUGAGCACAGAAGAGUUAAAACGCCUGGAAGCAGUUUUAUCCACGGGAAACAGAGAAACGAGUUACCGGCAAGUGUUUGGGAUUUCUCAUUUGUCUACCGAACAAAUUCUUAAGAUAAUAAGGAAGCGGAUGCUCUGAGGUACAUCGAAAAGGCCCUUCUCGAGUUCUGCUUUAUAUAUGUAAAUGGCAGUCUGAGCAUGGCUAUGCUGCUCUGCUUGUUCUGAAACUUAUAUUAUAGAAGUAUACCAUAAGAUGCUAUGACUCCAACAAUUAAUCUUGAGAGGCCCGAUAACAGCCCAAAAUGUGAAACAGCUCGGUGCAAUUACAACUCAAAGUCGGGUCGGGAGCUCUUAUUUCACUUA